AUGAGAACGGGAUGCACAAGGGCUGAGGCAGGCGGCUUUGUCUUCAUCAUGGAUCAACAAGGCUCUCGUGUGCGCGUCGCGCAGCUGAGCGACUACGAAGUGUUGGAGGUCAUUGGCACGGGCACGUUUGGAACGUGCGAAAAGAUUCGACGCAAGAGCGACCAGCAGCUAUUCGUUUGGAAGCGCAUUCGCUAUGGCGAGAUGAACGAUAAGGAAAAGCACAUGCUCGUGGCCGAGGUUAACAUCCUCCGUGAGCUCAAGCACGACCACAUCGUGCGCUACCAUGACCGCGUUAUUGACCGCGAGAACAGCACCAUCUACAUCAUCAUGGAGUACUGUCCGGGAGGUGACCUGGCCGCUCUCAUCAAAACCCAUCGUCGACAACGUACACGGGCGUCGGAGCAGCUGAUCCGUCGGAUUUUCCGGCAACUGGUUGAGGCUCUUGGCGUGUGUCACCACCGAGCACAGGGUGCCAUCAUUCAUCGUGACCUCAAGCCUGGGAACAUCUUCCUUGAUCAAAAUGGCAACGCCAAAUUGGGUGAUUUUGGGCUCUCCAAAGUGCUGAGCGCUCGCACAAAUCUGGCCAGCACAUUUGUUGGCUCCCCCUACUACAUGAGUCCAGAGCUGAUUUCUGAGUGCGCAUACACAGCCAAGAGUGACGUGUGGUCCCUAGGCUGCAUCAUCUACGAACUCGCCGCUCUCCAUCCCCCCUUUGAGGCCUGGUCCCAGGCCGAGCUUGCCGUCAAAAUUCGCAAGGGAACCUUUGAACACUUGCCCACCACCUAUUCAAGAGAGCUGGACGACUUGGUCCGAUCCAUGCUCCAGCAAGACUAUCACCUACGUCCCUCGGUCCUUGAGCUUCGCAAGCAUCCCUAUUUGGCAUAUGCCCAGGCCUCGCCCGACGUACGGGCCAUGCCAUCAACACCUCCCGCCGAACAACAUCGUCCGGUUGCACGCCGCGGACAAGCACGCCGUUUGCCCAGCACGACCAGCAGUGAUCACGACAGUAGUGGCAGCGGCGCCGAAUGCCGACGCUGCGAUCGCUUGGCCCGGCUGGAAGAAGAGCUGGCUCAGCGCCAAGCCGCUUUGGAUGCCCGGGAGCAGCUAUUGGAUGCACGCCUUCGUGCGCUCGACCAGCGCGAGCGCCAGCUCCAACUCUUUACCAAGCAACAUGCUGCGUUUGGCAAAGAAAAUGAGGCACCUGCUCUGCGCAAGAUUAGGACACCGUUCGCGCCUGGCGGAAGCCCUCGAGAACGGGUCGUCUACAACGUCUACAGUGAAAUCGGGGCACCUUGGCCUCAAGCUGGCACGCCAUGA